CGCCCCUAGGCGGGGCCUGGAUGCGGCCGGAGCCGAGCAGCUCUGGAGCCCCAGCCUCAGCCCUCAGGCGCCACUGCGCUGACUGGACCCGACCUGCCCGCAGCCCCCCGCGGCGCCCUGCCCAGGUCCCCAGGUCCCCCCCGCGCCCUCCCGGCCGCCAGAUCCUGCCGUCCCGCCGACCGUCCGAGGGCGAACCCGUCGUCCCGCACUCGGAGUCCGCGAUGGCUUCAGUGACGGAUGGUAAAACUGGAGUCAAAGAUGCCUCUGACCAGAAUUUUGACUACAUGUUUAAGCUGCUUAUCAUUGGCAACAGCAGUGUUGGCAAGACCUCCUUCCUCUUCCGCUACGCCGAUGACACAUUCACCCCAGCCUUCGUUAGCACUGUAGGCAUUGACUUCAAGGUGAAGACAGUCUACCGUCAUGAGAAGCGAGUGAAACUACAGAUCUGGGACACAGCUGGGCAGGAGCGGUACCGGACUAUCACGACAGCCUAUUACCGUGGGGCCAUGGGCUUCAUUCUGAUGUAUGACAUCACCAAUGAGGAGUCCUUCAAUGCUGUCCAAGACUGGGCUACUCAGAUCAAGACCUACUCCUGGGACAAUGCACAAGUUAUUCUGGUGGGGAACAAGUGUGACAUGGAGGAAGAGAGGGUUGUUCCCACUGAGAAGGGACGGCUCCUGGCAGAGCAACUUGGGUUUGAUUUCUUUGAAGCCAGUGCAAAGGAGAACAUCAGUGUAAGGCAGGCCUUCGAGCGCCUGGUGGAUGCCAUUUGCGACAAGAUGUCUGAUUCAAUGGACACAGACCCCUCGAUGCUGGGCUCCUCCAAGAACACGCGUCUCUCGGACACCCCGCCACUGCUGCAGCAGAACUGCUCAUGCUAGCACACCUUCUAGGCAGGGACAGGAGCUCAUUUUCCACACCAUCUUGGUCAACUCUCAUAGAAUGUUUUCCUUCCUUCAAGUUCAAAUCUGCCUCCUGGAAAUUCUUCUUCUUCCCACCCUAUUGGUACCAGCUCUGCUGUUAGAGACUUCACAGUCUCUGCUCCCUCUGCCCUGUGACACCCUCAGACUACUUGAGAACAGGAAUCAUGGCUCCUGGGAUUCACCUUUUCUCUAGGUCAAAUACCUCUAUAAUUCCACCUGCUGUUCUCCAUAGGGUCUUCUCUCCAUCCUGCCCCUUGACUCCAAUCUGUCUUUUAAUUGCUCCUGAGCAGUCUAAUUGAGAAGUACAAUUCAAAGAAAAGUAAAUCUAAGGUAUCAUGACCCUGAAAAAAUUGAGAAAAUUGAACUCAGAGGUCCUGAGCCCAACUCCAUUCUCCUGGGAGUGAAACCUUAGCUUUUACCAGAGAGCACGGGAAACCAAUUCUGGUGGAAACCCUUAAUUAAACACCUGAGGAAAAAAAGAAAAGAAACUCAGAGACCAGAAUGGAUUGUCUCAUUAUUCUAGCUUGGUUGGCCACAGGGACAUAUUUGGUUUUGGCUGAAAUAAUGACAUGGAACUGGCAAUGAUUCCAGAAAAUGUUUCUUCUUAAUCAUGGCCUGAAUCCUCAGCCACCUCAAAAGUCAGUGGCAGGGGGAGUCUCUCCCCAGUUUUCUCUUCAUUUCAAAUGAGGCUCAUUGGCUUAGAAAAAUACAUUAACUAGCAACCAGUCCAAAGACUAAAAAGGACCAUCGAGGGCGGCUGUGGCUCACACCUGUAAUCCCAGCACUUUGGAAAGCCAAGGCAGGAGGAUCAUUUGAGGCCAGGAGUUCGAGAUCAGCCUGGUCACUAUGGUGAAAUUCCAUCCCUUCAAAAAAAAAAAAUUAGCCAGAUGUGGUACACGCCUGUAGUCCCAGCUACUUGGGAGGCUGAGGCAAGAGGAUUGCUUGAGUCCAGGAGUUUGAGGUUGCAGUGAACUGUAAUCAUGUCACUACACUCCAGUCUGUCUCUCUAUCUCUCUCUUUUUUAAAGAACCAUCCAGAGUCAGCUCUACAAAAGAUGUUGCUUUCUUUGAUGCCAUGCUGAGAACAGAGCUUUGGGCUUGGAGAUCUGGACUCUCAUUAAAUCGACUGUGACUCUGGGCCAGUUACUUCCCAUCUUUGAGUCUUGAUUUCCUACUUAUAAAAUGAAAGAGCUUAUUUGGAUGAUCUUUAAGGUCCCUUUUGGCACUAAUAACUUGGUGACUCUUUUUUUUUCACCUUCACCAUUUCAGUUGAUCCACCAAACAAACCUGAGAGAUCAGGAUUGGCAUCCCAGUGUUAGCUUGGCUAACACUGAUGUCUUGCUUACUCUGUGCUAGAAAUUGUUCCAAGCAUUUUAUAUGCAGCAACUCAUUUAUCUUCCCAGCAUCUUAUGAGGGAGGCACUAAAUUGAGCCUCAUUUAAAGAUGAGGAAAUAAAGGUACAAAGUGGUUCUAGCCUGACCUCUAAAGUCACAUCAUAAGUAAAUGGUAAAGCUGGAGUUCAAAUCCCAGCAGUGGGCUCCAGGGUCUGUGCUCUUAACCACAUUCUGGGAUGCAUCUUUUAUAGACAAACUACGAUCCAGAGAGGUUAUGAGACUUGGAUCAUAUACCGAGAGUGUUAAAGCCACAUUAGGAUUCAAUUCCAGGGCCAUCAGAUUCCAAGUCCAAUGGAGAAAAGACUUAAAUCUCUAAUCUGUUAACAAAUUGCUCAACUACUCAGACUAAUCUGAGGUGAUGGAUGUCUAAUGCUCAGGAAAGGCAAGUUAGUCUCUGAGGCAACCAGAUCCCAUGGGCCUAGGUAGAAAAGCCCAGGGCUGGCUCUCCUUGUAUUUGCCUUUGCCAGGCAACACUUAACAGGCUCCCAAGCAGCGGGAGUUUCCAUGCUCCACUUCGAACAGCCUCCAAGCUCCAGCAAUGGGGCAUUUGUGAAGAGUGACUUGAUUAACUUUUCUGACCAUGAGGAGAAUAUAGUUGCUUCACAGGGCAGUAGUUCUGGAUGUGACACUGUGUCAUGGAUAAUUACUAUUUUUUUCUGAUCAUUAAUACUCAUCUAGUACUCAGAUUUCAGACCAAGGUCCUCAUGACCACUGGAUAUUUUAGUAUCUAUAUCCAAUAAUCUUUUCUCUCUUACUGAAUAUCCAGGCAAAGAUCCAAUAUUUUUCUUUAAAACUGUCAAAUUCUGUAAAAUUCAGGAGCCAGUUCAAGGGAACAAGCAUCUUCACAAUAGAUGGAAUCAAGAGUUAAAUGUUAUAGUGGCAAGCUCUUCUACUGGGCAACAGACAACCAGACGUGCUUGUGAGAUGGCAGCUCCCCAGCCCUGUCUGCGACCUCAUUUCUGUCGAGUGAAAGGCAGCAGCUCAGCUGAUUGCAGCAUAGUGUUCAUCAAUCACGGUAAUAGCGCAAUUAGCCACCACGGUUCAAGCCGCAUAAUAUGUGUUAGUGGCAACUUAUCUUGGAUUUAAUCUUCCUAAACAAUUCAAAUAAAAGAUUUAAAAACUCUUGA